UUAGAUCCACUAAUCAUAAACUAACACCAUAUGAUUAUAGUCAUACCAAAGGAAUUAAAAAAACUUUUUAGUACUUGCGUUUGCUAAGCUAUUUUCUUUAAAGUAAAAGAAUGAUUUAGAAUAGGCUUUUUUACUAUUGGGCCAGAAAAAAAAACCCAUUGGAGAAUAUUGAUCUGUUAGACAACAACUCACAAACGUAAAUUAAAGAAAACAAAGGAAAACUUGACCAAAAAAAAAAAGAAAACAAAGGAAAAAAAAAAACCGAAAAUAGCAUAGUUUGAUUCAUCCGUCGCUACUUUUUUUUCUAGAUUUCCCAGAUUUUGGGUACCUUCCUUUCAUCUGUAAAAUCUCCAUAGUUCUUAAGAUUUGUAGUCGAAGAUGGCGACUGAGAAUCACACCGAUAAGAAUGUCGUUUUCAGAAAACUAAAAGCAAAAUCCGAGAAUAAGGUGUGCUUCGAUUGUAGUGCGAAGAAUCCAACAUGGGCUUCGGUUACUUACGGUGUCUUUCUCUGCAUCGAUUGCUCAGCUGUUCAUCGAAGUCUCGGUGUUCAUAUUAGCUUCGUGAGAUCGACGAACUUGGAUUCAUGGAGUCCUGAGCAGCUAAGAACAAUGAUGUUCGGUGGGAACAACCGAGCUCAGGUGUUUUUCAAGCAGCAUGGAUGGAACGACGGCGGCAAAAUCGAUGCUAAGUACACUUCCAGAGCUGCUGAUUUAUAUAGACAGACUCUUGUUAAGGAAGUAGCUAAAGCCAUGGCGGAAGAAACCAGUGUAGCAUCGUCGUCAUCCUCUGUUGCUACUUCUCAGCCACCGGAAUCAUCGAAGAACAACGGGUUUUCUUCUGAGCCUCCAACGAAAGAGAGUUCUCCGGUUAACCAAGAAGCAAGUGGUGUCUCUUCUUCUUCACCAAAAGCUUCUCAGAAAGUUGUGGCUAGUACGUUUAAGAAACCUCUUGUUCCGAGAAAGACAGGGAAGACUAGUGGUCUUGGUGCUCGUAAGAUUACUACUAAGCCAAAAGAAAACCUCUAUGAGCAGAAGCCGGAAGAGCCUGUACCGGGCUCAGCAGCUAUUUCAAGUUCUGAUCUUUUUGGACACGGACAAGAUGAUUCCAACAUCGAUAUCACUGCGAGCGAUCUCAUGAACCGAAUAUCUUUCCAGGCGGAGCAAGAUAUGUCAUCUCUUGUGAACAUAGCUGAAGAAACGACGAAGAGGAUCGGUAAUAUGGCUUCUAGUAUAUUCAGCGAUCUUCAGGACAGAAUGCUAUAAGAAACAUACAAAAGAUCUUCGCCUUUUGGUUUACGGAGAGAACGCAUUGUCGGAUCUAAAAGAAGAAAGGAAACACUUUGUUUUGUUUUUUUUAUUGUUCUGUUGCAAUCUAACAAAGUAUAAUAACAAAACUAUUAUUUGACAAUUUCAAGUUUCAUCAUUAUUAAAAGAUAUAAAACUGUAUAAAAUUCCUAAUGGUACUGUUGCCGAGAAUGCUGCUCACCACGGGUGCUUUUUUAGCCAAGUCUGGUCGGUAUAAGGAGUCGCAGCGACUCAUGUUCCCAAGCAACGAUCCCUUCCUAUUUCCCUCCGGAUCCGACCAAAACCUCAUCGGAAAAUUGUCGCAAGUCACCGACAAUAACCCAUUAUUGAGAUUACCAGUUUUGCGUCCACCAGUCUUCCACACGUGGGCGAAAAGUUUCAUCCGGGAGUCCCUGUAGACGACGUCGCCGCUGCCGCCGUUUAGCUUGUCCACCACCGUCGUCGCGAACCCUUCGUCUGCAGGGAGGUUCUGGAAACUAUCCUUGGCUAGCGACUCCGCAAUAACCAUGUCGCCGAGCAGGAAACGGCUGUAGAGUGGGGUGAUAGAGAUACGGCAGUUCUUGACGUAGCUCCUCGCCGCCAUGGAGACAUUCCAACCUCUUGCGGAGACCGAGACGGAGUCGACGAAGAGCUCGAGGUAACACGGUUGAGAAGUGAAGACCAUUAUAUGAAUGCAAACUGUGAAUAGUAGCAGAAAAGCUACGUAAGUUCGGCAAGAAACUUCAUCUUCACGACCAGACGACGUCGACAUUUUUUUAGAUAGGGAAGUAAAGUUCGUCAGAUUUGAUAAGCUACGUAAGGUUUAUGGUUUGGUUCCGUAAUUAUAUAGCAAAGCUAAGGCACAAAAAAUGGAAACGUAAACUAUUUUGGGAAAAAUUGCUUGUUUUGUCAUAUGACCAACAGAGAGG